CACAGGCCUCCGCGCACACCUCCCCGUUCAUCCAGGAAUGGGCCUCGUUGGCCCUAUGCGCCCAUGGACUCUCCUCUCGUCACCCAGCUGUUCCGCCAGCUCUUCUCGCAUCGGGCGGCGCGAUGUCUAGCUCGGAGAGCUCAGCCGACAAGCUCGGGAAUGCCGCACGCGCGUGUUCAACGCCGGGGAUAUGCAUCGUGGGAACAAGGAGAUGUCCCAAGGGCAAGCAAAUGGCAGCCCAGGCAAAUGUCGAUGCCGAGUGAGCGCAUGGAGGAGUUUGACAGAUACCCAAUGGUCACAGCGGAGCAGCUGAGGGCGCGGAAAGAUCGACCGAAGAGAGUCAAAAUGCUCAUGCGGGACUUCAUUGAAGACAGCUUGUACAAUCCAAAUUAUGGAUACUUCUCCAGACAAGUCGUCAUCUUCUCCCCCGGCGACCCGUUCAAUUUCAACGCCAUGGCCUCCGAGCACGAAUUCUUCCAGCAGCUAAGCCGUCGCUACACCGAUUUCGAAGAUGCAUUGGAUGCUCAGGAGCCGUACCAAGAACCGGACGACCUCCGACAGCUGUGGCACACGCCGACGGAGCUCUUCUCGCCAUAUUACGGAGAAGCUAUUGCGCGGUAUUUGGUGGAGGACUACAGAUUCAACUUCUACCCCUACCACGAUCUCAACAUCUACGAGAUGGGCGCAGGAAACGGAACAAUGAUGCUCAACAUCUUGGACUUCAUUCGAGACGAGUACCCCGAGGUAUACGAGCGGACCAAAUACAAGAUCAUUGAGAUCUCCACCCAACUGGCAACCCUGCAGCAGCAGGGCCUAGGCGCCUCAUCCUACGCCCGCGGCCAUUCCGACAAGGUCGAAAUCAUCAACCGCUCAAUAUUCGACUGGGACCAAUACGUCUCCUCGCCCUGCUACUUCCUCGCUCUCGAAGUCUUCGACAAUUUCGCGCACGAUGCCAUCAAGUACGAUUUCGAAACCGGCGAGCCCUACCAAUCGCAGGUCAUCAUCGACUCGAGAGGCGAAAUGUUCGAAAACUAUACCCGCAAGCUCGAUCCGCUGGCACGGCAAUUCCUCGAACGCCGGCAAGCCGCAUGCGAGAAUUACACGCACCCGCUCCAAGGCUCGCGAUUAAUGCAUAACCUGCGGUCACUCGUGCCUUUCCGGAGCUCGCUCUCCCAACCGGAAUACAUACCCACGCGCCUGAUGCAGUUCUUCUACAUGCUGUAUCAGAAAUUUCCGAACCACAAGCUCAUCUCCAGCGACUUUAAUGUCCUGAGUGAUGCGGUGCCAGGGUAUAAUGCGCCGGUGGUGCAGACGAGGUAUAAGCGGCAGAUGAUUCCUGUGUCGACGCCUUUGGUCCACCAAGGCUACUUCGACAUACUGUUCCCCACGGACUUCAACGUCAUAGAACCGAUGUAUACGGCCAUCACGGGCAGAUUUGCGCGGACGUACUCGCAUGAGGAUUUCAUGUCCGGAAGGGCGGAUAUCGAGGAGACGCAGACGAGGAAUGGGGAGAAUCCCUUAUUGAGUUGGUAUAAAAAUGCGAGUGUCAUGAUUACAGUGUAAGGAGCAUCCGUGCCAGCGGGUAUGUUGUAGAUAUGAAUAGGAAUGAAUGUAUUAUACCCAACAACGUGGAGUGAAGAGGCGAGCAAGACUCUGGAGCUAUGAAUACGAACUUCGAUUUUUGAAUCGCAGUGCUCAAUGAUGGUGGAGGAUGGAAGGGCAAUGGGGUAUAUUCCGCUUGAGGGUAUGAU